AACAGUUAAACUGUAAUCAGACGUGUAGUUAGACAGCCUGGAAGUUUACAUCUAAUAGCAUCAGCAACUCUUAAUGAAAGAUGGUAUGGAUUACCACUGUGACUUAUGGACUUAUUUCGCUUUGACGAUGGAAUUACCGAUAUGCAUUCUGGUUUAAAAUGACGUCGUGACACGUUCUAGCUCAAUGAAAACAACCAAAGCUUCUUCAUAGAUCUCGUGAAGGGACAACGGCAGAUUAGCCACAGUAGAAACGUGAUUUGAUCAGUGAGGAAUAUACCCAUAAUAAUGCCUGAAAACAUGUCACCAAUACCCGUCCUUCCGUUGGUUAUCAACUGUUUCAUGUCUAUUCUGGGCUGUAUGGCCACACUUAAACUGAUUCCCACUUUCAAAGAUCAUUUCAUCUCAGCGCGACUGUACGGAAUGGACCUAAACAAAACGUCCAAAAAGGAAGUUCCAGAGUCUCAAGGAGUCAUUAGUGGGACGGUCUUCCUCAUCAUCCUCUUCUGCUUCAUCCCAGUGCCUUUCCUUAGCUGUUUUGUAGGAGACCAGUGCAUGGGUUUCCCACAUGAUGAGUUUGUGCAGCUGAUUGGUGCACUUCUGGCCAUCUGUUGCAUGAUCUUCUUGGGUUUUGCUGAUGACGUGCUCAACCUGCGAUGGAGACACAAGCUUCUUCUUCCCACCAUGGCUUCUCUGCCUCUGCUCAUGGUCUACUUUACCAACUUUGGCAAUACAGUCAUUGUUGUGCCCAAGCCCUUUAGAGCUCUCCUUGGGCUGCACUUAGAUCUGGGUAUUCUCUAUUAUGUUUACAUGGGAAUGCUCGCAGUAUUCUGCACAAACGCCAUCAACAUCUUAGCAGGCAUCAACGGCAUCGAGUCAGGUCAAGCCCUGUUUAUCUCUGGCUCCAUCAUCAUCUUCAACCUGCUGGAGCUCAGUGGAGAUUACCGCGAUGACCAUGUUUUCUCCCUCUACUUCAUGAUACCAUUCUUCUUCACCACAUUGGCACUUUUUUACCACAACUGGUAUCCCUCAUCAGUGUUUGUGGGAGACACUUUCUGCUACUUUGCCGGGAUGACCUUUGCUGUAGUUGGAAUCCUGGGACACUUCAGCAAAACGAUGCUGCUGUUCUUCAUUCCUCAAGUGGUUAACUUUAUCUACUCUUUGCCUCAACUUUUUCGCAUUAUCCCCUGCCCCAGGCACCGGCUCCCCAGACUGAAUCCAGACACUGGCAAACUGGGGAUGAGCUAUUCUAAAUUCAAAAUAAAAGCCCUCUCAAAAUUGGGGCUUAUCAUUCUGAAGGUUGCAGAAUUAUUUAAGCUGCUGGAGGUUCGGUACGGCCAGGAAGGAGAUGAUGAUUUUAUUGAGUGCAACAACAUGACUUUAAUAAAUCUUGUUUUGAAACUACUGGGGCCCACUCACGAGAGAAACCUCACUGUCAUCAUGCUCAUGAUACAGGUAAUGGGCAGCGCGGUGGCUUUUGGGAUCCGUUACCAUCUGGUGCGCCUCUUCUAUGAUGUCUAAACGGCUCUCAAGGACAGAGUAGAGGAAGCCGACUGAGAAAAUCUCAUAAUGUUAUGGAACUAUUUUUGAGCUUGUGGUCCAUCAGCUGUUUAAUAGAUUCCAUUGCCUCACUGUUAUUUUAUGCCUCUUUCUCAACCUACAGAGAAGACCCAGUGUGAUGUAAAAAAAACAAAAAAAAACAAAAGAUAAGCUGGAUCAUUUCAGUGGCUUAUGGUCUGAUAUCAACAGCAGGACUGAGAUUCAGCAGUACAGGCAAGAACUGCAACUUGUUCUUACAAUCUUGUGCAUCCAUUAUGAAGUUUACUUUUGUACUUUAAGGAAGGAGGGGGAAUUUUCCUUCUAAAUUUGUUACCAUCUGAAAACAGAUUCAUGAAUGCCUAAAUAAAGAUAAUAAAAAAAAAACAAAAACAAAAGGUAAAAGAAUAAUUACAUAAUGGUGUAUUGUGUGAAUCUGCUGUUGGUGCAAGAUAGGCUUGGAGAGAAUGCAUUGAGUCACACUUACAUGAAUACUAAUCCAUGCAGUGUGGGAGGAAAAGUAAAGAUCGUCUUCCUGUUAUACCUAAAAAACAAAUUCACACAGAAUGGUCAUGUUAAUAAAAGACAGUGACAGAAAAGGAGGCUAUAAUUAACCUAAGAACUAUCACAGCAAAUUGGGUGGAAACGGGUAACUAGAGGGGUUCUAGAGAGGGUGAUGAUGGUAUGUGGAUUUUGAGAUUUAUGGGCAAAGGGUGUCCUGACUAAUGAGAAUGAGUUCAGCAAACAUUGUGAAGACAACUGGCCUUGGACUCUUCUUACAGAAUGUAACUACAGGGGAGACACUGUUCUUGAGAUUUUGUGUAAAAAUUCUUGAAUAAAUUUUGAAAAUAUGUAAA